CAGUUACAGGAGUUGCUGUGGUAAUUUGAACGGACGCGCUAAACACAAACGACAGAUGAAAAUGAUGGUAAAGUCAUCAUGAGAGUCUUUAUUUAACUCCCAGAAAUGACAUGGCGUCUAAAUGUGACCCGCUGCUCGUCGUUGUGUCCAUACUAGAAGGUCAUCAGUUUCCCAGAAGACCUCAGCACAGUCUGGUUGUGGAGGCUCGUUUUGAUGGAGAAACUCUGUCCACAGAUCCCGUAGAACACAAAGAGCAGCCGCAGUUCUGUACGGAGCUGGCGUGGGAGCUGGACCGCAAGACUCUUCAUCAGCACAGACUACAGAGGACACCCAUCAAACUACAGUGUUACGCUGUCGAUGCAAGCACGUCAGCCAGGGAAUGUGUGGGAUAUAUCGUUCUUGAUCUGAGAUCGGUUCAGGAGAUCAAACAGGCUCCUAAACGGCAUCCGUUGCUUAGCAGCAAGUACACAAAAGUGAAACCAGCUCUUCUGAUCAGCAUGAUUCUAGAGAAUGACACCAAACACACGCCUGAGCAGUUCAAGGCUAAGAAAGCUCCUCCCAGAGAAGGUUCUCCAGCACGAGUUCCUGUGGACGCGGGUGAACUCCGAUCCGUUCUGAAUGCAGAUGAAGGCUAUCAUCAGAUCGGAGCUGAAGAUCUCUGCACUGACAUGUUUGUGUUGUCUGUAACGCUGGCGUUUGCUAGCCGGCUGGAGCAGUUGAUCUCAGGCUCCGUGAAGGUUUCUUCAGAAGGUUCAGACUUCUCUUUCUGUUAUAACCUCCUGGGGAAUGACGUCACCAGUGAACCGUUCCAGAACCUCCUGAGUCCAAACUUUGAGCCUGAGCGUGCGUCCGUGCGGAUCCGCAGCAGUGACAGAGUUCUGCGCCUCUUUCUCUCCCAGCAGCCCGCUGUUCAGAUUCACCUGUGCUGUGGAGAUCACUCUCUGGGCAGCACUGACGUCAGUCUGGCAGGAUUAUUGAAUAGCAGCACAGAUCUCACUUCACGCUCUAUCACUAUAGAGGGAGCUUUCAUCCUGCAGCCUCCCAAUCGCUCCAAACUCCACCUACAGUCUGUCCCGCCGGAGCUGCAGCCCACUGUGGGUGUGUCUGUGACACUGAGAGUAGAAGACCUCAAUCAUCAGUAUGAUGUGCAGAAGGAAAAUGAGCCGAAGACUCCAGUGAAGAAAUGUCCGGUCUCAGAUGCUCCUCGCAGACGUCCUGCAGAUCUACACAAAGCACAGACACCGUCACCUCAUGUCCCUCUGACAUCACCAGCAGCGUCUCCUGAGGCUCAUCAGUCUGAGAGUGAUGCGGAGACUCUGUCCAGUGAUGUCACACAGGCUCCGCCCACUGCACAUGACGCACCUGCUGCUGUCACACAUGAAGCUGAAGCGCAGGACACAUCUGUCUCAGUUUCUGCUCCAAAGAUCUCCAUUCCUGCCUCUGCACAUCACUACUGUUUCUCUCUGGACCUGCAGAGUGUCCGUGACCUCAGGACGAGUUUCCCCGUCAACUGCAUUCUCAGAUACUCGUAUCAGUUCUUCGGCAGCGCAGCUCCCAUCAUGACCAAUCCGGCCGUACAGCUGAGGAGGAACACAGAGGUCUUUCUGCCUCAGUCUUACUGCGCUUUUGAUUUCGCUGCUCUACCCAAUCAGCUUCAAGAGACUUUCCUCAGGGUUCCUCUGUUGGUGGAGAUGUGGCACAGAGACUCAAGUUCUCCAGAUGUUGUGUUGGGUUCUGUCAGCAUUCAGCUGUCUCAUCUCCUCAGCUCAGAGAAGAGUCGAUCCCUUGACGCGUCGGGCCGGCAGCGCUGGAGACAGUGUGUUUCAGAGAGGAGACCUAUCACUGCCGCACACGGGUCUGAGAAGUUAGCUGAACUGUCAUACGUGGCUGUUCUUGAAGAUUUGGGUUUGGUGAACGCUCAGGAUAUCAUGGUCUCUGAAUCAUCACAGGUGCAGACAGCGGUAGCUCCUCCUCCUCAGGGUCAGGGGGGUGUGGACACUGUGACACGACCUCGAGAGACCCUGGAGUACAAGGCAGCGCUGGAGCUUGAGAUGUGGAAAGAGAUGCAGGAAGACUUGUUUGAUAAUCAGUUAAAACAGAAGGAGUUGAGUCACAUGCAGGCGCUCGCUGAGGAGUGGAGAAGAAGAGAUCAGCAGAGAGAAGCUCUCAUCAAGAAGAAGGAGAUGGAAUAUGAUGUUCUGGAGCAGCAGUUACAGAAGACUCUGACCGAUCUGGACAAGAGAGAGAAAGCGCUCGCUCACGCUGAGAUGGAGACGCAGAGGCUGCAGCAGGAGAUGCGUGCGGAGCAUGAAUUGAGCGUGCGGGAGCUGCAGGACAGCGGCAGGCGUGUGCGUGAGGACUGCGCUCACCAGGUGGAGCUGGAGAGGUCAAAGGUCAAGCAGCUGGAGGAUCAACUGAGCCGACAGCAACAGCAGGUUCAAGAGGCUGAAAAAAAGUACAAGCAGUUAGAGAAAGAGUUCCAUCAGUUCCGGGAGCAGCAGAACGUCCGUCCAGAGGUCCGUCUGCAGUCAGACAUCAAUCUGUUGACCCUUGAGAAGGUGGAACUGGAACGAAAGUUAGAAUCUACCAUGAAAUCCAAGCUCCAUUAUAAGCAGCAGUGGGGUCGAGCCCUGAAAGAGCUGGCCAGAUUUAAACAGCGAGAGCAGGAGAACGCAAUGACCCGCUUGAGGAAACAGCAGCAGGAACUGGAGCACAUGCGCUUGCGCUUUCUGGCCGCUGAAGAGAAGGAAGCCGUCAAACAUGAGAAACAAGAACUUCAGGACAUCCACAACCAGCUGAACAGACUGAAGCAGGCGGAGGAAUCGAGCAGCCGCACAGAAGCAUCACCCGUCCGUUUGAAUGACCUCGCAGAUGAACACCUGACGCGUCUGCUGGAGGAGAGAGACGCUCUGCUGCGCACAGGCGUCUACACACAUGAGGACAGAAUCAUUUCUGAACUCAACAGACAGAUUCAAGAUGCAAUGAGUAACAGAAGAGACCGCUGAGAUCUCAUUAAUACAUCUUCAGUUGUGUUUGUAUCAUGUGCUCGGAUGUUUUUAUAAAUGUUUGUGAGUGAAGGUCAGCAGAGCAGAGAGUUUCAUUUUGUUUCCUUGUAAUAUUUCGUGUUUUUAUUGUUAUGUACCAAUGAAUAGACAAAAAUGUUCCAUGAUCUUUUGCACAAUGUCAUGUCGAUGUCACGUGUGUGUUUGUGUCGUCAGCAGAUGGCGCUGUCUCUCAACACUUGAUUUGUUUUCUGUUUUAAAUAUUUUUGUGUGAGUUUCUGUAUAGAUGUGUUUCAUUGUUAGUCUGUUAAUUUGUGUCUUUAGUAAAUAAAAACAAAAUUCUUUGACAGAAACAAAACUGUAAAUGAGCCUUUCAAACUCAAACAUCGACAAAAAUUAUAACAUUUUAAAAAAUACGACAUUGCUUUUGAAAAACAAAGUCCAAAGUGCCUAAGUUACAUUGUAUUCAAAUAUGCAAGUCUUGAAUUUAGUUCUUUAUAAUUAAUGAUAAUCUUUAGUUCUUUUUUUACGUGUUUUGUGUUUUUCUUUCUCAUGUCAAACUUAAACACCAUAACAGCAGUCG